AGCUGUUGGAGCCAGGACACUCCUGCACAUGCCCAGCCUGGAACUGGCAGGGACCGAGCCUGGUAACUGACCUGCAGUCUGAGCUCCUCCCGCACCCCGACAGGUCUUGAAGAUCCCUGAAAAUGGCCAAGCAUGGUUCACAGAAGUUUCUGACUUUGUCAGUUUUAUCCAGCUCUUUGCAGUGGUUUGGUUCAGUAAUUCAUCUGCCUCUUGCUGCCUUUUCAGUUCUUGCAGGUGUCUGUCUCUGACUGGAAAAGUAAUUAUGUAUGAUAUCCAAUGAUGGCGAGAGAGAGGAAUCUAAGAGACAGCCUUCUAAACACACUGGAAAGCCUCUUGGCAGAUGAGUUUGACAGGUUUAAACACAGAUUAUCAUAUAUUGAUUAUGAUGGAAGAGAGAAUAUCCCCAGAUGUCAGCUGGAGGAGGCCAACACUCAGUUUAAACUUGUGGAUCUGUUGUGUACCUUCUAUUGUGAAGAUGGUGCAGUGAACGUAGCUAUUUGUGUUCUCACCCAGAUCAACAGGAGAGAUGCUGCUGCGAAGCUCACAGAGAAAGCUUUGGGUCCCAGUCAGACACCAGGAACAUCUGCAGAAGAUUACAGGGUGAAGUAUAGAAAACAUAUACAAAAAAAGUACCAACUAAUAAAAGACAGGAACGCUCGUCUUGGUGAGAAUGUGACUCUAAACAGCAGAUACACAAAGCUUAUUAUUGUUAACAAAUAUCGUCAUGAAAAGGAGAGAGAACAUGAAAUAAUGGCAGUGGGAUGGAGACAUGCAGAAAUCAUGAGUGAACAAGCUCAUUCUUCAAUUACCAUAGAUACUUUAUUUAAACCUGACGAAGAUGGACAAAUGCCACAAAUUGUUGUGCUGCUGGGAGCUGCAGGGAUUGGGAAAACAAUGACAGCAAGGAAGAUCAUGUUGGACUGGGCAGCUGGAAGACUCUAUCAUGAGUUUGACUAUGUUUUCUACAUAAAUUGUAGGGAAAUGAACCUUCUUACUAAGCAGGGAAACAUGGCUGACAUGAUUUUAAAACACUGUCCCAAUAAUAGUGCCCCAAUUAAACAUAUUCUGGAAAAUACAGAAAAACUUCUGUUCAUAAUUGAUGGUUUUGAUGAACUGAGAUUUUCCUUUGAUCAGCCAGAAGAUAACUUGUGCUCUGAUCCCUGGGAGAAGAAGCCAGUGGAAAUCAUACUGAGCAGUUUAUUUAGGAAAACAGUUCUCUCUGAAUGCUACUUAAUAAUCACUACAAGACCAACUGCUCUGGAGAAACUCAGGCAGUUUUUGGAAUAUCCACGUUAUGCAGAGAUCCUGGGAUUUUCCAAGGAAGACAGGGAGGAAUAUUUCAACAAAUUCUUCAGAGAUGAAAAACAAGCAACAACAGCCUUUAACUUUGUAUGUGAAAAUGAAAUUCUCCUCACCAUGUGCUUUGUCCCCAUUGUAUGUUGGAUCAUCUGCACGGUUCUGAAACAACAGAUGGAAAGGGGUAAAGAUCUUGCACAAACUUCAGAAACACUCACUGAAGUGUAUCUGCUCUAUCUUUUCAGUUUAGUCCAGUCUCCCAGCAGCAGUUCAAAGCCACACAUGCAAGCUAGCCUGAGGAGACUUUGCUCCUUGGCUGUUGAUGGACUCUGGAAGCAGAAGAUACUAUUUGAGGAAGAAGAAAUCAAGAAGCAUGGCUUAGAUCAGGUAGAUUCUCUCCCCCUCUUUUUGAAUGAGAACAUUUUUCAAAAAGACAUUGACUGUGAAUGUGCCUACAGUUUUAUUCACUUAACCUUUCAGGAGUUUUUUGCAGCUUUAUUCUAUGUACUAGAGGAGGAUGAAGAAACAAUGAAAGAUUCAGUGAUUCCUAAUCGAGAUGUAAAAGAGCUGUUAAUACACCAUGGGCAGUCUGCAAGUUGUUUAAUUACAGUGCACUUCUUGUUUGGUCUCUUAAAUAAAAACAGAAUGAAGGACAUAGAGGAAAAACUUGGAUGUAAAAUAUCCCAUGAAAUUAAGCCAGAUUUAAAGACAUGGGUUAUUUCAUCCUUGCCAUCAAAUAUUAACCAAUGUUACUAUCUAGAGGAAUUUUACUAUUUGUAUGAGAUCCAAGAAGAAAACUUUGUGAAAAAUGCAUUGGAACAUUUAACUAACUUAGAGACAUGGGAAAAAAUAUUUACCCAAAUGGAUCAAAUGGUUCUUUCAUUUUGUGUAAAACAUUGUCAUCAACUGGAGUCACUUCUUAUACAUUACUGUGUAUUUAGAUUUGAAGACCAUGAGGAAGAAAAAUUCCCAGGCUUACCAAAGUGGUUAUGUCAGGGACAACCAAAGCGAUCAAGUAUUUACCUGCUUUGCCAAGCACUGGAGGAUCCAAACUGUAAAUUAAAGAAACUACAGUUGAAUGGAUGCUUCCUCAGCAUCACUAGCUGUUGGCGUCUUGCUGCUGUUCUCAGAACCAACCAGAGCCUGACAGAGCUGGACCUGGGUUAUAAUCAGUGUAUAGGAGAUUCUGGAGUGCAACUGCUGUGUGAGGGACUGAAACACCCAAACUGCAAAUUACAGACACUGGGGUUGUGGAAUUGUGAUCUCAAGGGUGCCAGCUGUGGGUAUCUUGCCGCUGUUCUCAGAACCAGCCAGAGCCUGACGAAGCUGGAGCUGCGUGAUAAUGUUUCUCUGGGAGAUUCAGGAGUGCAGCUGCUGUGUGAGGGACUGAAACAUCCAAAUUGCAAACUGCAGAGACUGGGGUUCUGGGACAGAUCGUGGAGGCCUCUUCCUCCAACAACGACCCGAUCUCAGAGGUGCAUGUGGAGGCCAUCUCCCAUACACUGAGCUGCCAGGUGAGGAAAAGUGGGGCUGGCAUAGGACUGCUGGGGCCAGCAGAUCUCAGGGACACCAGCAGGCAUCCGUACAGCGCAUGGUGCUCCCUCCCCAUACUGGAGACCUCCCUGUGCCCGCAGCACUGCAGGCAAUGAGAGUCAAUGUCACUCAGCGCCACAGAGGAUCAAGCCCUUCAUAU